ACAGUCAGAUGUCAAAGCCUGAAAUUUCACGUGUGAAAUGGGAGGGAAGUUGGUUUUCCUUAAAAAAUAAUACUUUUUCCCAUCAAAUGCGCUGCACAUGGUACACACCGGGUUGGGCCAUUGCUGCAUGACUGGCUUAUAAUACAGAUGUUUUUCGGCUCGUCACCAAGGAGCUCCUUGGUAUCAUUAUAUCGUCAUUUACGAAGUGAACAUAGUACCAUGAUGACAAUGGUGGAGUGGUGUUGCCGGUAUUCCUGAUUGCAGCGGAUCUAAUUCCCAUCCUAUGUCACGACCAAGCCGGUGACCAAGCGACAUUUUAGUCUGCCCGUUCCUCCUGCCACUUGUUAGCUUUCAUUAUAGAUUGUGUGGUUGUACCAGUAAACCGGCCCCGGCAACGGCCGCAAAGAAUAGGACUCCGAGGAGAGAUAUCACAGGCAAUGAAGGAAUGAUCAGACCGGGAAUCGGAAAUCUUUUUUGGAUAUCCCACGAACGAGCGACCCCAUAAUGGCAACACAGGGAGGGGGAAAAGACACUGACCGGAAGAAGAAGAAACGUAAGCAUGGAGAAAUUGCUGUCCAACCUAGUGAUCGAGAUGGAACAUCUUCUGCAGAGCCAUCAGCAAAGAAUACCAAGAGGGAUAAAGAGAAGGGAACUGAGAAAUCCAAGGAGAAAGUAUCAACAGAUUUUGGGAUAUCGACUCCACCGUUAGUAGAAUACCUAAAGGGAAUUUUACGAGAAUAUAGUGAUGGUCAAAUAUUGAAGGAGCUCGUUCAGAACGCAGAGGAUGCAGGUGCGGAUACUGUCAAAUUCCUGUAUGACAUGAGGCAGCAUGGUACCAAGACACUCUACAAAGAUUCCCUACAACCUUACCAAGGACCGGCUGUAUAUUCCUUCAACAAUGCCAAGUUCAAGGAAGCUGACUGGGAAGGGAUUCAACAACCAGCCCGCAGCAAGAAGAAGACAGAUCCUUUGAAGGUUGGACGAUUCGGCAUUGGAUUCAAUUCUGUAUACCACAUAACAGAUUUACCGAGCAUCAUGAGCGACCAAACACUGGCUUUCAUUGAUCCAUUGGAGGAACACUUCUUUGAUAGUAAAGGUCGAGUCAAGGCUGGAUGGCGAUUUUCUCUGAGAUCAGACAGGGAAAUCUUUUCAAAGUGUCAUGACCAGUUUCAACCCUACAACAAUGUAUUUCCUGGAGUGACGGGAGGGAUUUCAACGGGAUAUUUUGAUGGCACUUUGUUUCGGUUUCCUCUGCGUCAAGAGGCAAAUGAAUUGAGCGAGAAAAUCUAUCAACAAGAAGACACACUAGACGAGGUACUACAGGCCUUCCAAGCAGAUGCUAAUGUGGCUAUGCUGUUUCUGCGCUCCUUGAAUAACAUUGAAGUGUUGAAGAGAUCCCCUGAUUACCAAGACCUGUCACUGAUUGUAAGAGUUCAACGGGAGCAUGAUCAAGGAACGUGUCCUCCUGGAGCGGACAUUACCUCGCGUCUUCAAUCCUACAUCUCUAAUAACAGUGGGUGCCGAGAGUCUAUUAAGUUCAUUGAUUCUGUAACAUUUACUACAGAAACACGUAGGGAGUCCAAGAAAGAGCACUGGAUUGUUUGCCAUCACAUCGCUGGUGACAGCAUGUCUCAAGAGCUUACUGACCUGGCUGGGAAGCAAGGUCAUCUGCCAUGGGUAGCUGUUGCCAUCCCCAUGAGUUCUUCAGAGACAAGCAAUGUAGCAGAUGAAGCAGAGAACAACGAUGGCAGAGUGUUCUGCUUUCUUCCCUUGCCACCUGGUGAAGAGAGUCGAACAGGGUUACCGGUUCAUGUGCAUGGAUUCUUUGGUGUCAAUAGUGAUCGCCGUGGGAUAAAGUGGCUUGGACCAGACCAAACAGACACUCCAGCACAAUGGAACCAACUACUUGUGAGAGAACUGAUUCCCAUGGUUUACGUUGAUGCUAUCAAAUUUAUUGUUGAUAUGCAGAAAUCUCGGGGAGAAUUGACAGCUGAUUGCAUCUAUCGUUCAUGGCCAGACUAUGAAGAUGUUUGUGGAAAUUGGGACAUUCUCUUGGAACCCUUCUACAAUGCACUGUUCAGUGAAUCGAUCAUACAUAGCGAUAACAGUGGAUGGAAGAACAUUGCUGAUGUCCACUUCAAUGAGCUGCAAGUAGACGAAGAGACAGAAAAGGCAAUUCUCAAAUGCUUCAACUUCAAAGGCAUAGCACAUGCUAGAGUCCCAGGCGUAUGCAGAAAAGCCAUCAGGAAGUAUUACGAUCUUCAGAUAUCCACUGUUUCUGUAUCCAGCCUUUGCCGUUGCCUCAACGAUGAUCCAACUAUUUUGGAAAGGUUAACUAAUGAUGAGAAGCUUCUGAUCCUGCAGUUCAUCUUGCAGGAGGGUGCCAUGCAAGACUUGGAGGGGUUAUGUCUUCUUCCGCUUGACAAUGGAGGCUUUGACGUGUUCACAAGUUCUGGUGAAAGAAGAGUGUACAUUCCAACCCCUGAGUUCCAUCGACAGCUUGUUCCAGGUGGAUGUGAUCAAUUCAUCAGAACGAUUCAAAAGGAACUUCCACUCCACCAACUCCUAUCAAAUAUGAGUGGACAUUAUCAGCUGAAAACUUUAACCAUCGAAAUUGUAGCUAAGCUCUUGAAGAAUUUGGAGAGAUCUUGGAUAGAUGAUCAAGGAAUCUGGAUACAUGAACCCCAAGAGCCUACCCUCAAUACUUGGCUUGAAGAAGUCUGGUCGAUGCUUUACAGGGAAAGUCCAAGUAAGUUACUACUCUUUAAUGGUAUCCAUCUAUUACCAUUGUUUGCAGAUGAUAGUGACUCCAGAAGACUUUUUCCACUUUGUUCCAAGUCAAGGGUUAUCCAGAGAUGUUACAGUACGGCUGAUGGCAAAGUCGAAUUCAAAGAUGAUGUUGAAAACAUUCUGCAUGAUAUUGGAAUGAGAGUCACAGAUUGUCCUGGUUAUAUUCUCCGCCAUCCAGCUGUCAUUCGGGAUGGAUAUAUCAAGAUGCCAACACCUGAUGGGGUAGUUCAAUGUCUUUUGCUUUCUGAUGAGAAGGUGCUGAUCCCAAAGCUCCGUUCAUUCUCUGCCAGUUAUAGAGAUACCCUUGUAGAAUUUCUUGCACAAGCGAAGCUUGGUGAUAAUGGGAAGGAACUUCUGAAGCAACUUCCAUUGUUUAAGAGAGUAGAUGGAACUGGCCAGUCAAACAAACAUUCAUUCAGUGUAGAAGAAUCCUUGGGAUAUAUUGAAUGCAGUCAGGUAGAUAUUCCUAACCCAUUGAAGUUGACAGGGCUAUUGAUUGAUGGAAGGGCAAAAUCAAAUCAAUAUUUACUACAAAAGUUAGAAGCAUGUCCACUUUCAAAGUAUCAAGUCAUAGUGAAUGUUUUGGAAGAAAUUCGUAAAGGGCAACUUUACACACAACAUGAAAGACAAGUAGCUUUACAAUGGAUUAUGGAACGAUGGGAAGACGUCAAGAUAAACUGUAAAUCAAUUGUGGGUAUUCUCCGUGAAAUGAAAUUCAUCCCCAAUAAGAAUGCAUCGUUGUUAAGUCCUUCAGAACUACUUGAUCCACGAGAUGCAUUGAUCUACGAACUGUUUGAAUCUCAAGGAGUAUUUCCAAUGGAUCCAUUUGAUUCACCUCAGAUUGUAGAGGCUUUCAGUCAGCUUGGCAUGCGUGGGCAAAGUGGGGUUUCUUCAUCCGAGUUGAAUGCAUGUGUUGACAUGAUAGAGGAAUCACAGAGCCCUGACAAGUCUCACUUGCUACUAGAACUCCUUAGCAAAAGCCCGGAUCUUCUCUGCACUUCUGUCAUUGAUCAUAUGAAACAAAAAGAAUGCAUUCCUUGCAGACAGUCGCCUCCAGAAUACUAUCCUUCAGCUAUUGAGUGGUAUGGUAAUUCUACUUCAAGAUUGUCAACCCCCACUGAAACCCUAAGGGAAAUGAAGUCGGCAGUUCUAAUGUGUGGAGCUUCUAAACGCUUUUGUUCUCAUGCGGAUUGGAGUCGCUUCUCUGAAGUCUUUACAAAGCUUGGAAUGUAUACCCCAUCGCUUCUUCUUACAGAAGUUGUGGCCCAGUUAGAGUAUUGUGUCAAGUAUACAAAAGACAGAACUGGGGAAGAUACUUCUGACAUUGUACCGAUGCUGAAAGAGAUUUAUUCAUUUUUUAUGCAAGAAAUGCACGAGCACGUAAACAUCAAGGAUCUCAUCUUGAAUCAAGUCGAGUCGUGUAUCUGGAAUGGAAGUGGCUUUUCAGAGCCAAGCAGAAUAUGUACGAGAAAACUUCCUUUCGAUUUGUACCCUUACAUGGUUUCUAUUCCGAAAGCCACAUCUGCAUUUGGAGAGUUAUUUGAAGUGCUAGGAGUUCAAACAGACAUGAUGGCAAAUUCGUGUGCCCUGGUUGACAUCUUGUACGAAAUCAAAGAAGCAUGUGAAGGUGAAGAAAUCGAUGAGGUGUUUCAACAGGGACAACUCCAACUUGUAUUACAAAUCCUCAACCAUCUACAAGCUGCAGGAGAUCUCUCAGAAGAUGCAAGGUUGCGAUUACUUGUUCCAUCGCAAAAAGGGAAAUGCCAUCUUAUUCCUGUUGAGAAAGGUGCAUAUGUGGACAGAGACUGGUUAAGACAAAGCACUGACUCUGAGAAUUUAGAUGAUGAUGAAGAUUUCACUUUGGUUCAUUCAAAUAUUUCUAUGAACCUUGCAAUGUUUCUCCAUAUACGUCCUGUCAGUCGACUCCUUCUAGAUUCAGAAGAAUUCCAGGGUUUCACACAAGCUGGUCAGCAUGAAGACCUGACUAUGCGUUUGUAUAAUAUCCUAAAGAACAACUAUGUUGAUACUGCUAUUGUUAGUGAGAUGAUACAGAAUGCAGAAGACGCUGGUGCUCAAGUAGUUAAUUUUCUUAUUGACAUGAGAAAAAAUGGAGAUGCAAACCAAAAGCUGUUCGAUCCUGAAAUGAUUUCAUGUCAGGGACCAGCACUCUGGGUAUACAACGAUGCAGUGUUCACAGACCAAGACUUUGAAAACAUUCUCCGUCUUGGCGGACGUACCAAGGAAAAGGAUGCCCAAAAGAUUGGAAAAUUUGGGACUGGCUUCAACUCUGUGUACCGCAUUACUGAUGUUCCCAGUUUUGUGAGCAGGGAGUAUAUGCAGUUUUUCGACCCUCAUACUACAUACCUUGGCAACGUUCUCCCAAACAAGUACCAACCUGGUGUACGUCUCAGAUUGAAUGAUACCAAAGCACUCCGGAGAUUCCCAGAUCAGUUCAAGCCAUUCCAUGGAGUGUUUGGCAUUGAUUUGUGUGGAAAGAAUAAACCAUUCAACUACAGUGGAACGCUCUUUAGACUGCCUCUUCGUUCACAGGAAGCUGCACAGAAAAGUCAAAUAUGCAAGGAGAGCUACAAUGGGGCGAAACUGAUUGACUUGAUGAAAAAAAUUUGGGAUUUAUCUCACAACCUCCUGGUGUUUACCAAAAAUGUCAAGAGGGUUGCUGUGUUUUUCCUUGAUGAGAAAUGUAGCGAUCCUUCCAUGGCUGAAGAGUUAUUCACCAUUCAGAAAACCGAGCAAUCCACAAGGAUGAAUGAUGAGAACAUUGAAAUUUCAACAGAAUCCUUCAAAUUUACAAUGACUCCAAAGGGAAGUGAAGUGAUGGCUCAUGAACCAGAAGGUGGUAGAUACCUGGAUAAUGUCAAAGUUACCUGUAAGACCUCUAAUCAGGCUUCUGCUCUUGCGACAUCUCCAGAUGGGAAAGAUUGUGGACUAUCCCCUGAAGGUGCAGUUGCCUUUCCCUUCCACAAACCAUCAAUGUCUUCAUUUGAGAAAAAGAUAUAUUGCUUUCUUCCUCUUUCAAUAACAAGCAUGUUUCCAGUGCAUAUCAAUGGUGCAUUCGCUGUCAAAGAAGAUCGGAGGAGUCUUCACAUGCCAGUUCCCAAUGGAACGCUGAUAUCUGAGAAGUGGAAUCACCUGCUUCUCGUAGAUGUGAUAUGCCGAGCUUACAUUGCACUCAUGUCUGACAUUGUGUUUAUUCAGCGUGUAAAGGAGGUUUAUGGUCCAGAUAUUUCCCCUGACCAGUUAUGGCCUGAUACCGAUGAUGUUCCAAAGAAUUCUGAAUGUUCAGCAUUGUUUAAUGCUUUCUACAAGGCAAUGGUAAAUGGCUUUGAAGGUCGUGAACCAUCAUUGUUCUGGAACGAUAACGAAUUGCAUCAGUUCUCACAAGUCGUGUUCCUCAGUCAGGAAGUCCAAAAGGAGACAUCAGUGAGGGAUAUUAUAAGAAAGGUUCUAAGCAACUACCUUUCAUCAAAGCAAGUGAUGUCGCUUACUGAUAAAACCUGGAGAGCGCUAGAGAGAGUAGAUCUUCUGGACAGUGUUCUGAAAAGUACAUAUGAUUUCAAUAGAUUCUUCACAGAAGCCUUUCUUCCACGAAUCAGUCAGGUGCAGAGUGACAUGAGAAAUCAGCUGGUUCUGUUUGCACUGAACAAACGUGAUGACACAUUGAAACAAAAGUUGAAAGAUGUGAAAUGCAUACCAGUAGAAGGGGGACCUAACCUAAGGAAGCCUUGUGAUCUAGUACACCCGAGGGGUAAAGUUGCGCCGCUGUAUACUGAGUCUGAUAAGGUGUUUCCCCUAGGAAACCUGUUCAAUGAUACCAACACUCUAACAUCACUUACUCAGUUGGGAAUGGUAAAGGAUAAUAUUCAUCAGAAAGUUUUCCUUGAGAGGUGCCAUUCAGUUCACAUCCUGCAUUCAACCAACAAGAAAGCGGCUCAAAAUAGAUCCAAGGCUCUACUUAAGUAUCUGUCAGAGGCGUUGGGAAGGGGUGAUUGGAGUAGGGAGGGACAUUUCAAAGAAGACCUUGUGAGAAUUCCAUUCUUGCCUAUCUUAUGUGAGAGAAACCAAGACCCUGCUCUUCCAUGGUUGAAAACCAUUAACACCUGUCCUUAUGCAUCUGCUAAUGAUAUCUAUUCUCAUUCUAAAAGAAAUAUUGUGAGCAGUAUGUACAUUGUUGUGCACGAAUCGAACGAUUGGAAACUUCCGUGGAACGUUGAGGACUUUCUUGGUAUCAGACACAAAUAUCCCUCUACUGAGGAUGUAAUCCAGCAGUUUUCGAACAUUCGGAGUCACUAUGAAGUGAAUAGUGAAUCCAUUUCUAAUCGUGACUUAAAAAUGAUAUGCAAGGACAUCUAUGAGCGUGUUGAAAAUACAUGUAGAGAACGUGUCGCUGAUGGCAUUUACAAUGAGUUGCAGAAUCAAAAAUUCUUCCUCGUAGGUAGCAAGUUUGUUGAGAUUUCUGUGAUUUCCGAUAGAAACAGCCUUCCGCCGUAUCUAUUUGAAGCUUCUCGAUUCCUUAAACGAUAUCCAAGUCUUCUAAAACAUGCAGGAUUGAAGAAUGAGUUUGAUGCCAGAGACUAUGAAGGUGUUCUUCGUUUACUAUACAUGAAGAGUAAUGGGCAACCAUUAAGUAAUGAUGACACAGAGGUGGCUAUCUUAGCUGCACAGCGACUUGCAGGUUUACCCCACGGAGAAGAAGAACAUGCAGAUACAUUUCUACCAGAUGAGCAGAAUUGCAUGAGGCCUGUAUCAGAUCUAUGCUACAGUGAUGUGGAUUGGUUUGAAAAUGAUGAAAUUGAACUUCAUAGGUGUCAUACAAAAAUCAGUUUCAUGGUCGCGAGAAAGCUGAAAGUGAAGGAUAUUCGACAACAGAUGCUUCAAGCAUUCGAUAUGGAUUUCCCAGGAGACGAAUUCGGCCAACAUGAGAAACUUACAACCCGUAUCAAACGUAUUCUCGACUCUUACCCAUCCGAUGAAACAAUACUGAAUGCUGACGAUGCUGGAGCUACUGAAAUCCACUUUGUGUACGAUCCUCGGAAACACAAGGGACACAAGCUUCUAGGAGAUGGCAUGAAAGCCUUGCAGGGUCCAGCUCUUUGUGUCUUCAACAAUCAGUCUUUCACCGACGAUGACAUUCGCGGGAUACAGAAUCUUGGAGAAGGAAGUAAAGCUGACCAUAUGGGAAAGAUUGGGCGUUAUGGAGUAGGAUUCAAUGCAGUAUAUCAACUUACAGAUUGCCCUAGUUUCAUCUCCAAAGGUGAACGAUGGUGUAUGUUUGACCCUCUUCUGAAGUAUGUUCCAGGAGCAAACCCAACAAGACCAGGUCGUCAGGUCAAAGUUAAUAGCAGUGUGCGCCGUUCUUACCCACAUAACUUUCAGUGCUAUAUGGAAGACAAACUCACAGGCGGAGAAGAAGACUUUACCAUUUUUCGUUUUCCAUUGCGACAAGAAGCUUCAACCCUAAGCACCAAUGUCUGGCAAGCCGAAGAUAUUCGGAAGCUACUUCGGGAUUUUGAGAUUGCGGCAUUUGAAUGUCUUUUGUUUCUGAAAAACGUCACCAAAAUCAGGAUCUCAAAGGUAACAAAUUCAGGAGUUAUCAGAUCUACUCAUGUUGUCAGUGCAGAAAUGACUCGGAGUGAAGGUGAGAAGAAAAUGGAUUUUCUGCAGAAAGUUCAGGACAUUGCCUUGACAAAACAAGGUAAUGUAACCUUGGAAUCGGAACAAGUGGAAGUCAUCUACCAGAUGAAACUGAAAGGGGUAAAAAGAGAAGAGGAUUGGGUGGUAUGCCAGCAAGUGAGUUAUUCAGACGCAGAUGAAGAACACACAAGGAAAAAACAUAAGUUACUUCCAGUUGGAGCUGUUGCUGCUCGUCUACCUGACAGAGGAAAGGGGAAUAAUUGUAAAAGAAGAGAGGGAAUCAAUGGUAAGGCUUUUUGCUUUCUACCACUCCCUAUUCAGACGGGACUUCCGGUUCAUGUGCAUGGAUACUUUGCCUUGGACCAUGAAAGCAGAAGACACUUGUGGGAAGGUAGCAAGACAGAUGAGCAAACAAAGUGGAACCUUUACAUUACUCAGAAAGUUAUAGCACCUGCCUACGUAAAGUUGUUGUCAUGGAUACAGAAGUUUUUCAUAGAGAAAUAUGACUGGUCAGGAUCACUAGCAAGUAAAAACAAGGUUCAGACUUUGAAGCUUCUUGAAAAAUACCACAACUACUUUCCUAACGCCGGAAAAGGAUCGUCCUGGAGAAAACUUCAAGAUGCUGUGUUUGAAAUUGUUGUUGUGGAAGCCUUACUGCUGUUUCCUUCACUCUAUCGAAAUGAUGAUGGUGGAAAUUACUUUUUCUUGAGUUGGAAAACGCCCAUCCCCUCUCCGGAUGGGUCAGAUCUUGAUCUUGGAUAUUUCAACACACUGCCAGGGCAGAUGACUGACCACUGCACAAGUAGCAUUCACGAUAAUCCAAUGACGCCUGAGAUUCAAGAAAGCAUCAACAAACUAAAAGACACCCUGAUUGAAGUGACAUUCCCAUUAAUAGAGUCUCCAAUAUGGAUAAUGCACAAUAUGCGAAAUGUAUGCAAACAUCUCAAUCAAGAGGCAGUCAACAGUGGGGGAGAACCAAACUAUGAAGUUCGUGAAGUUACACCUUCCCAUGUUAUGUCUUUCCUUCGUGGAGACAAUCCCCUUCAGAGGCAGUUACCAAUAGCAAUAUCAAGCUCGAGGAUCCACAGCAAAGAUAGACUGAUUGGACUUAUCAACUACUGCAAGAGUAAAGAAACUAACCUUCAAGAAAGUCUCCAUGGUCUACCGCUGCUCUUCACCAUGGAUGAAACAUUACGGAUGUUUUCACAUGACGAUCAAGUUUUUGCAACAGAAUUCUGUGAUCUUUUCUGGCCUCAGAGUCAUAGGUUCUUACACAUUGAUUUCUUGCACAGGUUGUCACAAAAGGCUGAUGUGUUUUGUAAGAUUGAUAUGAGAGAGGUAUCGAAGCUUCUUGAUGGUUGCUUUCCGUUUCUCAAGUGCACAUCGAAUAAAAUGAUAACUCCUCGCACCUGCCAUCCACCAAAAUGGUUUCGUAGGUUAUGGAUUCUACUUGAAUCGUUGAGUAAAAAUGUUGAAUACUUCACUGAUUUCGCUAACAAUCUAAAAGUGGAACUUGGAAGUUGGGCAAUAUUACCAGUCACAGAAACCAAGCCAACUGAUGGCAGAAGUAACAAUUCUCAUCAGGUAGCUCUCCAACGGUUAUACGUAGAUCAGCCAAGCGAGUCGAGAAAGGGUUAUUGGCCACUCUAUUCAGCACUUGAAUCACUUAAUGUCUACAAGAUUGAAAAGUCUGUUCUAGAUGAAAACAAUCAUAGACUGAUAAAGCAUUUUGUCCUUCAUGAGCACAUGGGGAAUAAUGCAAGGGUUCUAGAUGCUUUGAUGUACUGGGUAGAUAGAGACCCUGGAAGAUUCAAAAUUCUAAAAGAGAGACAACAUAAUGAAAUCCUCAGAUCCUUUUGCUAUUGUGAUGCUGAUCUUAGGACAGUAAGGUGUCUUCCUUGCUUCAAGACCAUUGCCGGUGACUUUGUCAGUAUCAGGAAAUGUCAAACAGUCCUUGUUCUCCCAAGUAUGAUUCCUGAAAAGGAACAAGAUAAAUGGAUUGAUGGGUCUGGAGCUAUAUUUCUGCAGGACAACAAAUCACUUGAACCAUUAUACAAGAAGCUAGCACUAACUAUUACAACAGAGUUUGAUGUGUACAUGAAGUACAUUUUGCCUGUCUUUGGUAAGCUCAGCGACGAAAGUCGUCUUGAACAUCUUGUACAUAUCAAACAGCUGCUGCAUUCUCUACCCAACCCUAAAAGUCAGAAUUAUAAGGAUAUUAGGGUAGCAGCGAUUCGGAGGUUAGGAUUGAGAGACCUGUGUUUCAUAAAUGGUAUGUCUGGAAACCUUCUCAAGGCCAGGGACCUGUAUGACCCAGAAGUCGAGGUAUUCUCCUUGAUGUUGAAGGACAAAUUUCCUUCAACACAUAUUAUAGAGUCAUUGGGGCUCGCAUUCCUUCGUGAAAUAGGACUACAAACCACCGUUACUGCAGACUUGUUCCUAUCGUUUGCCCAUCGGGUGCGGGAAUCAUACCCCGAUGCCGAAGAUAGGAAAAUCAAGUCCACUGCACUCGUGUCAGAAUUGGUCAGGAACUGUAACCUUCACAAGAAUUAUUCCUUCUGUCAGAAAGUCAGUGUGAUUGAUUUUCUUGUUACUGACAGGAUUGACCAACAAUUAGAAUCCAUUCACCCACCUUUCAUCAAGGAUGGAACACUCAUUAGGUAUUCUAGCUCAUUAUCCUCUGCACACACGAAACUGAUAUGGUCUACUAAUAGCAUCUUGCCUGAAUAUGCCGCCCUCAGGCAAUGCUUUUCUUGUAAAACCCAACUAGAUGAUCAGCUGGGCAAGGCACAAGAGCCUGGACUAAAGAGUGUUAUACAACAUCUGCAGAAUAUAUGCAACAGACUCCAACAAAAUAACAGCAAAAAGCUAUCUUUCUCAGAAGAUUUAUCCGGGGUGCUACAUGAAAUAAUGACCUUCCUCUCUUCCGAGUGUACAGGGGAAAGCUGUUCUCAUGAAGUUCCAUGUGGAAUGUGCUGUAUCAUCAGAGAGGAAUUGCAAAAUGUUCCAAUUGUCUUUCUAGAGCUCGAAGAUGAACAUCGCUUGGUGAAAGCAGAGCAGAUCUCUCGUACUUUGGAAGGGAAUUUCGAGCCUUUUCUUUACCAGUUGCCUGACAAGUGGGUUCCUUUCUUCAAGUUAUUUCAGCUGGUUGGUGGAACAGGCAAAGCCUCCAUUCGACAAUAUGCUUCCGUUCUCAGAAGUAUAUAUGAAAGAGGGGAGAAUGCAUGGGGAAACCCAAAUGUAGUAAGCAUGGUAGAGAGGGCAACAACUAGCCUGUAUGAACAGCUAAAAAAGACAGAUCAAAUGCAGAUAGCAGCUUUAUUUGAUUCUGGACAAGUCCUCUACCUUCCAUCAUGUCAUCAAAACUUGGAACGAUCAGAUCAGCUACUACUUAAUGAUGUUGACCACUACUUACGCAGACUUCGUAAAUCUAAGCUUCCUCUCAUCAAGUUCUUUCAAGAUCAAGAACGCAUUGGACAGGAAGCUGUAGCUAGGCUUCCUGAGAUGAUGAAACCGACAUUAGUAAGCAAGAAGGUGAAAGAAAUACUGAGCAAGGCUGGGAACGAGUCGCAAAGGUGUAUUCUAGGUGGACAAGAGCCUUGUGAGUUUGCAAAAAGACUUCAGAUCCUGCAUUCGAAGGAAUUUUUGCAGGCAGUUUGUAUCAUCAUGAAGGACAAUGGAAAAAAAGUAGAUGACGAAACCAAGUCACUCCUUAGAAAUUCGUUGAAUGGAUUGAAGAUAACGUGUAUGCAGCGAUUACACUCGAUUCUACAAAUCAAUGGUGAAUACAUAGAAGGAAGUGAAAAUGAAGUACCUUCCUUCAUUAACAAUGAGAGUGAGCUGUUUGUACAACACAGUGCAGGAGAAAGUAUAACGGAAACACUCUUAAGUGUUGUGAUUAAUGUCAAUCAAGUCCUGGGAAACGUGUUUGAAGAUAAAGCCUAUAUACAUGUAUCUGCCCUUUUAUCCCAGAAAUCACCAUCUACCUUACACAAAGUACUUUCGAAGUUUAACAUUGCUGCAGAGAGCAUGGAAGAUGAUACAAGUUUCAAGCUACCUGAUCCUGGAACUACCAUUCCAGAACAAUUGUAUCAUCUCAUAGAGCAGGACCCCUGGACGUCUUUCAGUGUUGAUGAUUUCAUAGCAUAUGCACAAACUGAUGAAGAUGGCGAAUACUACAUAUAUGCAAUAGUUGUCAAGAGGAUAUCCAACGAAUCACUCAAGUCUGUCUAUCUUGUCAAUAUUGGAAAGGAAAAACCAAUAGAAGCAAAUGUGUUGGACAUACAUAAGAUACACAUACCUAAGUCCACAUCAGGUAUGGAGCUUGUUCUAUCUGAAAAAGUUCACUCGGAGGAUGCAGGACCAUGUCUCACUGGGAAUCAAGAAUCAUCUUUUCCAACUGACGUGGAACAAGCGAAGCGACAGGUGACAACCGAAUUGGAGGAGAUCUGGAAGCUUCCAGAGGAACAUAGAAGGAAGGCUAUUCGGCGAAUGUUGCUGAAAUGGCAUCCAGACAAGCAUCCAGAAGGUCCGAAGGAACUAUUUCAUGAAGCAUUCAAACACCUCAAAAGUGAACUGCAGCGAUUAGAAAAAGGUAUUUCAAGUUCAUUUUAUAAAGACCUCUUCAGAUCAACUGAAAAGAGAGCAAGGGAAGACCGCCGGAGGUAUACUCACUUCGGAGGAUUUCGGGGAAGAGGUGGUUUCAGAAGAAGAAGAGGAAGGAGCUCUGAAUCUGGUUUCUGGAAUUUUGAGGAUUUCUUUACUUCUGCUUCAAGAACACCAGAUAUCCGCAAUGCGCGCCGUUGGUUUCGGCAAGGACAAGAAGAUCUUCGUGCUGCCCGUCAUGAUCUUAACCCACACGAUGACGAGCCGUCAUUAGAAUGGGUUGCUUACAAAUGCCAUCAGAGUGUAGAAAAGGCACUCAAAGCUGCUAAACUAGCCAUUGAUGGACAACAUGACUACACUCAUUCCAUUUCCUCUCUUGCCUAUCAAGUUGAAGGCAGAAUAAACUCAGCUGAUUUUAAGAAGAAUGUGGACAUGCUCAGUUCUCUUGUAACUGAUCAACAGGCUCGUUACCCAGACAAAUGUGCGUCUUCACAGAUUCCCCACGAAGUCUUUAGAGACAAGUCACGGGGUGAGGAAAUGAUUGACCUCGCCCGUCAAAUUCUUGGAAAUGUUCAAUCGUUUUUGCCUUCCAGAUCCUGAAAUUGUACUUGCAACUGCUUCAUCUUGAUCUGUCUUUUUCCACGGGAGUUGCAGGUUUAAGCGAUCAAAUUGCUUGUUACCCAGAUAGAAGCCCGCUUUCAGAGAUCCACCAUGAUGUCUUUAGAUAAGCCUAGGUGAUGAUUCAAAUUUCCCCUAAAUUUCUUGGAGAUGUUCAAUCCUUUUUGCUCCCCCCCAAAAAAAAAAAAAUGAUUAAAUGGUAUUCGACUGCUUGAUCGAGAUUUUCCACAGGAGUUGCAAAAUUUGAAUGGAAAAUAGAUAUUUUCUGAAUAUUUCUAAAUUUCAAAUUUCACUGGGGAAGAAUUAUUGUCAUACUUGUCACAGUUCUUCUUUGAGUAAUAUUUCAUGUUCCACUGGACAUGCUGGAUAAGUAAUAUUGUCAAACGCGAACGUAUGUUGUAUAUAAAAUAUAUUCUUUUUAUGUCAAUGAAUGAUUUCAUGGAUUCAUUCCAUUGCAAAACACUAUAUUAUUAUUUCUUUCUUUGUUGAUGAUACCACGCCAAACCGACUUAAAGCUACAAUUCAAUUCAGAUAAACAUUUGUUUUCUUCCGUUUCAUUACCUUUUUCAUAAACAUAAAUUCAUACAAAAAUCAGUUUGUUAUGAAGAAUACAAAUAUGUACAUGUUAGGUUUAAGGAAGAAGGCGUAUACCCUAAAAGCUGAGGUUUGUGGCGGGAUGCGUCUACAGACAAAAAUACAAUACAAUAAACAAUACAAAGGAAAAGGCAGAGAAAGAAAGAAAGAUGAUAAUUGGUUAUUAAGCUAGUUUUCAUCGAUUGAUAACCGUGUAAAUUCAUACGCAAUUAUUAAAUAUUUUCAAAUGGUUUUUACGCCAUGGAUGGCUAUUAUCAACGAUGAAUUAUUAGCCAUCUCAUUAGCCAUUUUUGUGAACGAUGUAACAAUUAUUUUGCCUUUUUACCUAAUGACUUACUCAAUAUGAAAUACCCGAUAUGAGAUAUUUACUCUUGUCUAUACAGUGCGUUCCACAUAAAAGGAAACCCGUUUUCAUAGAUAGAUUUCACAAUUAUUAAACAUGUUUUUACUAUGAAAUUGAUACUUAUACCAAGAGUGGAAUCUCAUCUUUGAUUUAAGACCAAGAGCUUAGCAUGUACAUAUUUAUAUUUUUCAUAACAAAUUGAGUUAUGUAUGAAUUAAUGUUUACGAAAAAUGUAAUGAAAUGGAAGAAAAUAAAUGUUUAUUUGAAUUGAAUUGAAAUAUCAUUCACGCAUGCAUGGCAGAUUACAACAGUAAAUAUUGAGGCAAAUCAAGAACGAUUUGCGCAGAAACACACGUGUUAAUUUGUAGGUUAUCCAUUCUAAUUUCAGGGAUCAGUCAGAGAAACUUAACAAAGAAUACAAAAGAAAUGCUAAUGAGCCAAUCCUCGAUUAUGCGCGUUUGUCGUAUCACGCACCAAUAUUGUCCUAUUUUUCUGCACAACCUGAUUUUGAAAUUUUUCAAACUCGUCUUGCUCAUUAGUGCGAGAAGUAUUCGUCACAUACUAGGUAUCAAAAUGUAGAGGAAUAAUUGAGCUGUAUGAUGAUGUAAAUGAAAUAUAUUAUAAUUGAUUUGCCUUUGAAGAAAAAAAAGGUGGGAAUCCCAGUUUCCUUGUUUCUGGGACGCACUGUAUAUAGUUUGUGUGUGACAGUGUGAACGCAUACGUGAUUGUACGCGUUGCGUCCUUUCUCUUUGGCAUAUUUCCGACCAUGAAAUUGCAAAUUAUGAUUGCGAUCCAUU